ACCCUCCCUCCCUCGCCUUCCGUCCUCCCCUCCGCGCCCUCCUUCUCCUCCUAUUCAUCUGGGCGUUCUUGCGAAGCUGUUCGAUCGAGGCGAGAUGGCGGGCAAGCGGAAGGCCGACGACAACCUGACCGGGACAAGGCAUCCGGCUGCGCGGACGGAGCCUGCAGCCGGCUACGACCUCGCCGGUGCAUCGGCGCGGACAGCAGUGCGGACGGCGAAUCCAGCCGGCGGCGGCAUUGCCCAGAAUUUGCAGGCGCCUGCGGGGCUGACGGCGGCGAAUACAGGCUCCGCCGGCGGCUCUUCCCAGUUCGGUGGAGCUCUCGGGGGCAGGGCCUUGUCGGGGCAGAGGGGAAGGGGAUUUGCUCCGCCGCACCGGCAGGCUUUUCCAGGGCAGACGGCGACUACACCAGCCUUCGCUGUAGGUGGAGCUGCUCGCGGGGCCGGGGCCGGGUCGGGGUACAGGGGAUUCUCCCAGUCGCAUGGGAGGGCGCCGCAGAUGCCCUCUCAGGAGAUGCUCCGGCCGCCACUGGGCAAUCCAGCCGUUGUGAGUGCGCCCUUCCCGUACCAGUACCACGCUCCGACCAGCCAUGGUUCGCUCCCCGGCCAGACCCAGAACCACGUCGCCGGCCCCAGGAAGACAGGAACAGGCCAGCCGCGCGGCCACUCCGGCUCCGGCGGGCCUUCUUCGGCGAUCUCUUGCACAAGCGCGCCAGGUGCGCCAGUCAGUUCCCUCGAUCGAGUGUGCCCUCGUUGCAACAAGCCCGCGAUCGUUUUUGGCGGAUCGACGCCAUUGUGCGUGGAUUGCUACACCAAGAUCGUCCUCAGAAACGUGUUUGAGAAGCACCCGGAGAUCCGCUACGUGCAUCCGCCUCGAGGGGCUGCGGCCAUUAGGCCUUCUUCCAGUUCCAGCUCAAGCUCGGCCGUCGCUUCGGGCCCGAUCUGCCAGGCUUGUGGCCACCCCUUGGGCACCGGCAACAGGGCGUGCAGGUUUUGCCACAGCAACGGCCCGCCAUCGCCAGGGCUCGGCUAGCUCAAAUUUCGUCGCUCCAAUCAGUGUGAGUGAAGUCUUCUGAACUCUGGGAGCCUUCUCUGCUUGCUCUGUUUUGACAAAGAUGCUUGCUCUGUUUCGACAAAGAUGUAGCCAA